GUAAGUGGUGACUUCUCCGGAAUAUUUCAGCAUAUUUCGUUUAUUAGAAUACUUUUUAGGCUCUAAUAAAUGAUAUUUUAUAAUAUUUACAUGUAAUAUUCAUUGAGAAUAUAUGUAUUUUACUAUUUUAGUUAAAAAGAAAAAACGUGGCAAUUGCGUCAUCUUUCUUCUUUACCUAAAAUACUGGCAUAAACAGCUUAUAGCAUUGAGCUAGCUAUUUCCCCAGUUAGGCAUACUGUUUAUUUACGUGUAUUUAUGUAUAUUUUGAUAAAUACAUAGCUUAUUUGUAUAAUAUUAACAAUUAAAAUAAAACUUGAAUACCUUCAUACUUACCGUCUAUUUUACGACAACUUGAAAAAGUUAUUGCGAGUUACUUGACUCUUAAGUUCUAUCGCAUAAGAUCGAGAUUCGUUUGAACUAGACGCGUGUCGAUCAGAUUGCCACGGGUCGGGCGGCGCGGACGGCUGCAUCAUCGCGCGCGCUCCGGCGCUCGCUCGCCGAUUACGUUAACUACGCAUUAACUGACUUUGCUUGUUUAUUUUCGUAUUUUAAUAAUUUACCUAUACAUUUUGUGAUUUUGUUUACAUAUUAAUUACCUACGCGUUAUAAAAAUGCCGCCUAAAGUUGAUGCUAAAUCGAAAGAAGAUUCAAGUGAGGGUGAAGAUAUUCAAGAUGCUAAAUUGACUAUUUUACUUGCUAAACGUGAAGCUACAUUUGGAAUUAUGCAAAAUAUCUUCGAAUUGUCUCGUGAUGACGACAUUCAUACUAAUGACGAAAAACGAGAACAUUUUCUCGAUGAAUCGUCACAGAUUGAUUCGUUGCGCGAAAGAUUCGAGUCCAUCGUGGACAAUUGUAAUUCUCGUUUAUUGCAAUUAAAUCCUGAAGCAACUCCUAAUUAUCACUGUCUGUAUGCUUUUGAGACUUUGUAUAGUAGGGUCAAACGGAUUCUGUCAAAAUGGUCAACUUCCGAUUCGACACCGGAAACAAAUUAUAAUGUGAGUCCCGCGCUUCUAAAGGCCAAGCCAAAGCUGGCUCCCAUAUCGAUAUUAGAUUUCGAUGGUGACAUAAAAUCCUUUCAGAUGUUCUAUACGACCUUCAAGUCAGUAGUAGAUAAUAAUCCAUUACUCACCGAUGCCGAAAAGCUAUUUUAUCUAUUACCGAAGCUGAAGGGAAAGGCAAAAAGCGCGAUCGCGGGAAUUUCUCCGUGUGCUGAAAAUUAUCAGUUAAUUUUACAGACGCUUAUCAAUCGCUUCGAUGAUAAACGAAUGUUAACUUCCGCAUAUUUGCAUGAAUUAUUUCGUUAUAAAGGUUUUCAAAUUCCCUCUGCAGCUAACUUUGAAUCUUUCAUAGACCAGUUCGCUGGCGCAGUGAGCGCUUUAAAAAACUUAAAAUUAGAUAAUUUGGCUGAUCUCAUUAUAUUGCAUAUAGCUACACAAAAGAUAGACACUGAGACAGUACGUGCGUUUGAAACAAAGUGCGGAAAGAAAAUACCUAGCUUCGACGAUUUUGUGGAAUUUAUCACGACUCGCGCGAAGGUAUUCGAACGUACUAAUAAAAAUACAACAAACGUUUCGGAUACACGUCAAAAUAAAAAUAUAAAACAGACAAGCCACGGGUCUUCUGGCAGUGCGCCGAAGUACCAGGCUUAUGUAAGCACAGUUGAUAAGCCUACCUCGUCUAAAUGUCUAUGUAAAAAUAUAUCGCAUACGUUUUUAUAUAAAUGUGCCGAUUUUAAUAAAUUAUCAACCCCUCAGGAACGUUUUAAGUGCGUUAAGGAUAAAAAUGCCUGUGUAAAUUGUUUGUCUGUCUUACAUAAAGUAGGUCAAUGCGGGGUCCCCCCUCAUUGUUCCUGUGGAUUAUCGCAUAAUAAAAGACUUCACUUUCAACGUCGCGAAGAAAAUAGUCACGCGUCAAGCAUAGACGGAGCUGUGACGUCAUCGUCACCGCCUAUACCUAACAAAUCGUCGCUCGUAGCAAGUGAACGCACCGACGUAGCUCCAAGUGCUACGGACGUAGGCGCUUCUACAAGCGCUACGCAUUCGUACAGUAGUCAAAUAUCGAAUCGUGUAGGAGAUAAGCGAUCUACUGUCCUAUUAGCUACAGCACAAGUUGCAGUUUAUGAUAGCAACGGUAAGCGACAUAUAAUUCGUGUUUUAUUAGACAGCGCUUCUCAAGCAGAUUUUAUAUCUCGAGAAUGUUGCGAGCGUCUAGGCUUUCAAUGGUCAAAAACAGAACCUACUAUUGUUAAAGGAUUCGGUGGAAUAGAAAAGGUUAUUCAAUCCAAUUCAGUUAAUUUUAAAUUUUACUCUCGCUUCAAUGACGACGUUAGCUUCAAUAUUUCGCCACUCGUCGUUGACAAAGUGACAGAUAAAUUGCCUACGGCUGUGGUAGAUACGUCGGUCCUAUCACACCUUAAGGGUAUCCCGUUUGCUGACGAAAGUUUCGGCGUACCUGAUAAAAUAGAUGCUUUAAUAGGAGCUUCCCUAUUCCCGCAUUUGCUUCUGCCCGACGACGUCCAUACGUCACGUCGCGACUCGUCGAUGCCAGUCGCACUGCGCACGGUCUUAGGUCUCGUGCUCAUGGGCAAUGCGCCUACGAUAUCUACCGUGAAUACAUACUCGGCCUUGACAUGUUGUUUCGUUCAAGAGCCUCCCGCUAUUGACUCUAUAGUUAGGCGUUUCUGGGAACUCGAAGAGCUUCCUUCCGCUUCGGUUCAACAUCCCGACGAUGCUGAAUGCGAAGACUUUUAUACUUCGACUACUAUCCGUGAUCCCGUCACUGGCAGAUACGUUGUCGGCCUGCCAUUUAAAGAGGAUGUAUGUUCGCUAGGGAAUUCUAUGGACGUAGCUAAAAAACGUUUCGCUUGCCUCGAAAGAAAGCUCGAAGCUUCACCUAAAUUGAGGUCAGCGUAUGAUGACGUCAUAAAAAAUUAUCUCGCGAAAGAUUAUAUAUCUCCCGCGCCUUCGUAUGAUUCUCAAGAUCCUGUUCCUAUCUAUGUGAUGCCCCAUACAGGAAUCCUAAGGGAAGACAAAUCGACGAAAUUGAGAAUGGUCGUAGAUGCUUCAUGUCCUUCCAGCUCCGGUCAGGCAUUGAACCAUCUGCUACAUUCCGGCCCUAACCUACAGGGUGAUCUAUUUAAAAUAAUUUUAAAUUUUCGUCUACAUGAGAUAGCAAUGACAGCCGAUUGUCGCGAGCAAUUUCUACAAAUAAUUAUGCGCGAAGCUGAUCGUCGCUAUCAAUGCUUCUUAUAUCGCUUUAGACCACAAGACCCUCUCGUGCUAUAUCAAUUCAAUCGUGUCUGUUUUGGCCUCACUUCGAGUCCAUACCAUGCACUGCGCACGGUACGACAGCUCGUCGAAGAUGAUGGCGCGAAAUAUCCGCUAGCGAGUAGCAUUGUGCUACCGGCGCUAUACAUGGAUGACGUUGCUUUCUCGCUUCCUUGCGAGCGUGAAGCAGUCACUGCGUCACAACAGAUGAUUGACUUGUUCAAAGGCGCACAGUGGGAUUUAAUCAAGUGGAAUAGCAAUUCUCGUGAAGUUUUAAAUCAUAUUCCAGCUUCGCACAAACUUCCUACUGAAGUGGAGUUUGAUAAAACCGUGCACCAUAAGAUACUUGGUUUGCAUUGGUCUACCGAAAAUGACUCGUUUUAUUUCAAAAUUUCCGUACCCGACGAUGUGACAUGCACUAAGCGCUCCAUCUUGUCGACUGUUGCCCGUCUGUGGGACAUAAUGGGCUUCGUUGCUCCCACAGUCGUGUAUGCCAAAAUAUUAAUUAAAAUGCUUUGGCAAUUAAACCUUGAUUGGGACACUGUAGCUCCACCACACAUCAUUAAGAUGUGGAGACAGUUUUGCGAUGAGCUACCAGCCCUGAAUAAACUUCACAUACCACGUCAUGUGGGCGUGACCGAAGGCUGUGAAAUAACUCUUUUGGGACUGUCAGAUGCUAGCCUCGAAGCUUACGGUGCUGUAGUUUAUUUGCACGUGAGUUCACCUUCUGGCAACACUGUGCGUCUUGUUUGCGCGAAAAGUAAAGUUUCGCCGACAAAACCACAUUCGAUCGCGCGUCUCGAGCUACUAGGUGGCGUCUUACUAUCGAAAUUGCUUCGUACUGUACAUGACAAUUAUGCUGAGCGCGUCCCAAUCAAAGCUUCGUAUGCAUUUCUCGACUCAAAAGUCGCCUUGUAUUGGAUCAAGAGUUCUCCGCAUAGAUGGCAGACUUUCGUCGCGAAUCGCGUGGUUAAAAUAACAGAGAAUAUCUCACCUGAUAACUUUUAUCACUGCGCUGGCACUGAGAACUCAGCUGAUAUUUUAUCCAGGGGUGUCACUCCUGAGAAACUUGUCUCAGACCCUCUGUGGCUCCAUGGUCCGCCGUGGGCCUCGCUGCACCCGUCUCAGUGGCCGCUCAAGACUCUUGAUGGGCAAUGUAUAGAUGACUUACCCGAGCGAAAAAUUCUGACACAUCCUGUGUGUACGUCUGUAAAGCAAUGCGCUUUAUAUGAGCUUGCCCUCCGUACUUCCUCGUGGAGUAAACUUCUACGUAUAAUCGUAUAUAUUUAUAGGUGUUUAAAGUUACUUCCACGUCGUAGUACUACAACAAUAACUGCUGAAGACUUAGAUUUUGCAGAGAAUAGGAUGCUUCGCGUUCUGCAAAAUCAAUAUUUUGCUAACGAAUAUUCUAAAAUUCAAAAUAACGCACCAUGCUCGCCGGCGUUUAAUCGCCUGCGACCAUUUAUCGAUAAUGGUUUGAUCCGUGUCGGCGGUCGUCUUGUCAAUUCGGGACUCGACUUUGAAAAAAUACACCCGGUCGUAUUGCCUCGCAAUGACCAUGUGGUAAACAUGAUCAUCGAUUAUUACCACAUUAAACAUCUACAUGCUGGACCAGAACUUCUAAUGGCUUUACUUCGGCAGAAAUUCUGGAUUUUGUCAGCACGCCGAAUUAUAAGGCAGAGAGUCCACAAAUGUAAUACUUGCUUUCGCGCCAAGCCGCGUCCGACAUAUCCGUUAAUGGCGGAUCUUCCUGAUAUCCGUACGCGUCCCGCGUUAAAAGCUUUUACUUUCACAGGCUGUGAUUAUGCAGGUCCUAUACCAUACGUUCCGGUACGCCGCCGUGGCGUACACAGCGAAAAAGCAUAUAUAGUUCUAUUUACAUGUCUCACUACGAGAUCUACACAUAUUGAGGUCGCUACCUCACUUAACACUCCCAGCUUUCUUGCUGCAUUUAAAAAAUUUCUCUCGAGACGUGGGCCUAUUCAGGUGCUUUAUAGCGACCGAGGUACGAAUUUCCAAGGUGCUGCUUCGUACCUUCGUGAUCUAUAUAAGUUUCUUAGAGAUGAUUAUUAUCCAAAGCUAGAACAAGAAUGCGCCGAGAGUCGCAUAACUUGGAAGUUCAUAUGUCCCAAUAGCCCGCACCAAGGGGGUGCGUGGGAGAGUAUGGUAAAGGUAACAAAAUCGAUUUUGUUUAGAGUCAUAGGACAACAGCUCCUUUCCUAUGAGGAACUGUGUACUGUACUCACACAAGUCGAAUGUCUACUUAAUUCGCGUCCGCUGACGGUACUCAGCUCUGAUCCCGCGGAGCCUUCAGCUCUUACGCCAAGUCACUUUCUACAUACUGCGCCCCUGCUUUCCUUACCUGCGCCUGAUGUCAAUUCAGAUAAAAUGAACUUACUUGACAGGCACUCGUUAAUGGAUAAAAUGGUCCAAUCCUUUUGGAAUCGUUGGAGGAUGGAGUAUCUACAUAGUCUACAGGUUAGACAAAAAUGGAAUACUCCUUCCGCUCCAAUCACACCAGGAACUGUCGUUGUAGUCAUAAACGAUAACGUACCGCCCCUGGCUUGGCCUCUAGCAGUAGUGGAGAAAGUGCACCCCGCGAAAGAUGGCAUAAUACGCGUAGCGACCGUGAAAAUUUCUGGGAGAACUUAUCUCCGUCCGGUUGUUCGAUUAUGCCCUCUUCCAACGCAGUAAGCAUUAUAUAAAGCUUCAAGUUUAGAUAGUAAAUUAGCUUAUAAUUUUAUACCAUAUCCUAUAUAUAUUAAAUACUAACAUUCUUAAUGUAACUUAACUCGAUAUAAUAUUUCAUGUCCCCUUAGACUAAUUUAUACGCAAUGUGCGUUCCUCAUAGAGCCCUAUUCGCUCUACUUCUUGUUAAAGGUGACCCUUUAAAGGGGGGUGGAUGGUUGCGCCAGUUAAAAAUAAAUACAAAUUUAAUUAAAUUACGCGGUGCCUUCCUAAAUUCCACUUUCCAUACACCCUGAAAGCACUGAAGGACCAAAAGGCGAGAAGCCAGAGCUGCCUCAGUGGACAAAAUUAAAAAAAAAAGCUACAACGAUGGCGCCACUUACACACUUCGAAAAGCAAGGAAGCAAUGUGUCGUGCUCGUAACAUAAAAUAAUAAUUUUAACGUAUUCCCGACUUUUUAUUUCUAUAUGAUUGUGCCAAAAUAUCAGUGAAGUGAUCCGCGACGUGCAUUCGGAGAGGAAGAGGCAACGGCGCCGUUAGCAGUCCAGAAGAUAGACAGACCAGAGGUUAGUGCUGUUCCCUUCUUCCAGAAAAUUCCUAUCUCUUUUUUAUAGCACCGCGUCACUUUUUUGAUUUUAAUAUUACAGUCCACUACUAUCACAAUAUCAUAAAA